AUUUGGACGCUAUUUAACACCAAGACGAAAAUCUCGUAAUAAAUAAUUCAAAUCUACGUUGAAGCUUCGGAGACUAUUUGUUUUUUCCUUUUUUUAUCUCCUCGAGUUGUUGCGUUGCUCUGUAAAUCUCCGUUUUUGAGGUUUGCGAUGGGGAAGUUUUGUAGGAUUGUUCAGUUUGAAGAGUUUGGAGAGUUCGUUUUCUGCGUUUUGAGCUAAUUAUGCAUUUUUUUUGAGGUUCGGAGUAUGCUUGCUAAAGCCGUUGAAUUUACGUUGAAGGAAGAAUUGAUGCAACUUUUUGGUUCUGGAGUUGCAGUGAAGAGAUUCAGAGACAUUUUGAUGGUUGAAUUCACCUACUGAAACUGAAAUAGGUUGCAGGAUAUGGGAUGCUUUGUAUCAACACCAAAAGAUUCAGGAGGAAAUAGAAGACGGCCAGGAAAUGUGGGGGAGGUGGCUGUGUUUGUGCCUGGAUUACGGAUUCCUAAACCUGUGGAUUUCUCUCAGCCACUUGGUGGUAUAUUGUCUAAGGGCUUAGUGGAGCGUCUUUCUGCUCUUAGAACUCGAACAGUUGUCAUGGCUGGCCAAGAAGCACCAACUGCAAUGAAAACAAGAAGAACAGCCACACAGCAUGGUGGUUCAACAUUGGCUGAUCUUCAACAGGCUCUUGAGGAUUACUUGCCAGUUCUGCUGGGACUAGUUAAAGAUGGAAGCCACUUGCAACAUAAAGUGCAGUUUAUUUGGGUUAACCAGGAGGAUGAUGCAGAGGAAACAACCAUGUCAAAUGCAUGGUAUGAGGUAUUGUCGGUUUUACAUUUGAUGGCAAUGAUAUCAUUAUCACAGGUCAAUUUAUUGCUUCUUCCUAAAACAUCUGCUGAUGGUUAUCAGCCAAAAGUAUCAGAAGAGAGCAGACGAACUUCCAUAGAUGUUUUAUUGAAGGCAGCUGGAUAUUUGGAUUAUGCUGUCAAUUAUGUUAUCCCCCAGUUGCCCCCUGAACUUAGGAGAACUCUUCCUAUAGACCUUAAUGAAGGAAUAUUACGAGCACUGUGUCUGCAAGCACUUGGCCAGGGUGUUGAUAUUCAACUAGGAAUGGCGAUUGAUAGUACCAAGGCCACACUGGCAGUGAAACGGAGACUUGCAUGUGAGAUGGUGAAGUACUGGCAUCAGGCUGAGGAUAACAUUAUCAAUCUUCCAUUAGCAAAUGGUUGGGGUGAAAAGCAUCAACUCUAUGUCAAGUGGAAACACAAUGAAGCUAAGGCUGCAGCAUACUAUUAUCAUGGUUUGAUACUUGAUGAGGGGAACACAGAGAAAUCUCAUGGGAUGGCUGUUUCUGCUCUGCAAGCAGCAGAGGAGUUUCUCAAAGAGAGUAAGAAGGCCUGUGAGACUUUCAAUAUGACUCCUCCCCUAUCGAGGAACCCACCUCUUUGGGGAACCGUGAAAUAUCUAUCUGAGAAGAUCCCAAAAGAUACUUCUAGCAAGGUGCGAAUCAACCGUGAUCUAUACAGUAAUGAAAGGACUAUGGAGACUGCACCUCCAUUGCCAGAUUUUGCUUUGGCACUGAAACCUGAUGAAUAUCAGCUUCCUUCUGUCAGCCUUUCAUGGAACGAGGAAAACAUCAAGGGUCAAAUUGGCUUUAACCAACUCAAGCCUGAUAGAACAUAAACAAAUUGGAAGAUUUACCAUGCUUUGUACUAAAAUUCAUGUCAGCAGUCAAUUUUCCCCCUUUUCUUUUUUUCCCCACUUUGAAUAGCAUGGAUGGAAUGCGAGAGCUUUGUCUACCAGUAAAUUGUGGUGUAAAAUGUUCAUUUGAAAAUAGGAAAAAGAAAACAGAAAAUAGAAAAAAAAGGAAAUACUCGUUUUCUUUCCCUUCGAUCAAGUAAUAAAACAUGUGGCUUUUCUUUUUUUCGUUAGUAAUGCAUUGAUACUAAAGAAAUUGAUUUAUUUGA